AUGCUGACAUCGGAAUCGGAUGAGGUUGAUGAUCAUUCACGGGACGAAGAGCGAAGUUACAGAGCCAUUAUUGGGUUUACUACUGAGGGGGACAUAAUUGAACCGGACUUCCCGUUGGCCGUUGCUGAUGACCAGGAGAAUGCCGAUGAAGAAGAUGACGAUGAGCCUGACGAAGGGGAAGAAGACGGAGAUGAAGAUGAAGACAUGGACGAUGCUGCUAGUCUGUUACUUGCCACAAGAGAUGAUUCGGACGUGGAAAUGAAUACUGAAGAUGAUUUGGAGGCAGGCGAGGCCACUUUGGCUGGAUAUCCACGCCCCCCACCGCCUCCAGCUCGAACCCGCGAGGAAGAACGGGUAGCGGCAGAAAUGGCCGCUAUUUUGAUCAACCCAAGUGCCUACGAAGGCUGGCCUGAGGCGAGUCUUCCCAUUGGGAGAGGUGAAGCUGCGGGAGAAGAUGAAAAUGAAGAACCCGAAGGGAGCCGGGCACAAGGAGAGAACCAUGAUGCUUCCAACUCGAGCGUUGUCAAGAUUCCUAAGACUCCCGGAUUCCGAAUGAGAAAGUUGUCAAAAGCACUGCCGUAUUGGGAAAUCAAGCCUGCACGUUAUCACAGCCACCCUAUUCACCCCUAUGAGGAUAUUCGAAAGAGAAAAAGACUCGAUUGCUCGCAUUGA